GGGAAGUGCAUGAGGUGAGUGUAAAAAGUACCUUCCAAUCCGUGCGCCAAGCCAGCCACCAGGAUCAUUCAUCAGCUCCAUCUUCAUCGAGCACUUCAAUCAAGCAGACAGUAUCUACUCUGCCUCGCCAAGAUAACCCUGAGGAUCAGUAUGAAGGACCAGGAAUAAAGUAGUAAACAUCACAUUUGCAUCGGACACCGAGGAGGAUUUCUCCCACUUUUGCCACUUUGGAGAAAGCGGACGGCACCGGAGAACCCGUAAGGCAUAGCCUUUUUCUUUUUGGUGCUUCAGGUGCAGCUAGCACGUUGUUCCACUCGGAACAGAGGAGGGACAGCGACGGCAGCAGCAGCAGUGACGAGCGGGCCAGUGGGGUUGUGUUCGUUUGCCUUCAGGACAGCGGGAUAAUGGUGCACUGUGCGGGCUGUGAGAGGCCCAUCUUGGAGCGCUUUUUAUUGAACGUGCUGGAUCGAGCUUGGCACGUCAAGUGUGUCCAGUGCUGUGAAUGCAAGUGCAACCUAACGGAGAAAUGUUUUUCCAGGGACGGCAAGCUUUAUUGCAAACAUGACUUUUUCAGACGGUUUGGUACGAAAUGCGCCGGCUGCCUUCAGGGUAUCUCCCCGAGCGACCUCGUGCGGAAGGCGCGGAACAAGGUGUUCCACUUGAACUGUUUUACCUGCAUGGUCUGCAACAAACAGCUUUCCACGGGGGAGGAAUUGUAUAUAAUUGAUGAAAACAAGUUUGUGUGUAAAGAAGAUUAUGUGAACACUUGCGCCAUUAAGGAAGUCAAUUUAAAUUCAGUGUCUUCGUGUACAGACAGAAGCUUAUCACCGGAUCUCCAAGACCCCACACACGAAGACGCUAAGGAAACGGACAAUUCCACUUCUUCAGACAAGGAAACCAACAAUAAUGAGAACGAGGAGACAAACUCGACCACGAAGAGAAGAGGCCCGCGGACCACUAUUAAAGCGAAGCAGCUGGAGACGCUGAAGGCGGCCUUUACAGCCACCCCCAAACCGACCAGGCACAUCCGGGAGCAACUGGCACAGGAGACCGGCCUCAACAUGAGAGUCAUCCAGGUGUGGUUCCAAAACCGGCGAUCCAAAGAAAGGCGAAUGAAACAGUUGAGCGCGCUGGGGGCACGGAGGCAUGCCUUUUUCAGGAGUCCACGGCGCAUGAGGCCGCUGGGCGCACGGCUUGAUGAAUCCGAAAUUAUGGCGUCCGGGCAUUAUAACUACUAUGGAGAAUACCAAGGAGAUUACUACGGGCCUCCUGGAAACUAUGACUACUUCCCUCAUGGCCCUCCCUCCUCGCAGGCUCAGUCCCCAGCCGACCCCAACUACCUUCCCGGCUCAGGACCUGGCCAGCUGGAGGGCCCUCUCUCAGGGCACCACCCCUCAGAAAACCAAAGGUACACGGACAUGAUUUCACACCCAGACACCCCUAGCCCCGAGCCGGGUCUCCCUGGGCCCCUGCACCCCAUUCCUGGGGAGGUUUUCAGCGGGGGCCCCAGCCCACCUUUCUCGGGCUACAAUGCCCCCCUGUCCCAUCCAGGCCAGGAAAUGAGUGAAACCGCUGUGUGGUAGAGGCCUGCUCACAUCAUUCUGGUAUUGCCAAGGAACUUUCUGAACUUCUUUGAGAAAAAUAUCACAUCCGGACCUCUAUACCAAAAUAUAAUGCGAUAUGGAUCCUGAAAGUUCUGGACAGUCUGAGUGAAAGUGGAGAGGCACGGACUGAGAUCACCUGCACAGUGGUGACAUCACUGUAGCUUUCACAGGGGAUCAAGCUGUUCACGCAGCCAUGCUGGGUCCUGGUUGCCUGUGUGAUUUCUGUUUAUUUUAUCAACCUGCUAUUCGACAACUUCUCCCAAUGCAGAUUCACGUGUGGGAGACGCAAAUAUCCCAGUCGUUGUGUGUGUAACAGAGUGGAGGAUGGAAGCUUAAUGGCGCAUACCACAAGCGAGUGACUUAACCACUAUGCAAAAGAGCCAGGCUUGUCUGCAUUCAUGGUUAUAGAGUUUGUAACCGAACUGGCAGGGGUCCGAAUUGGUAAUUGCCCAUUACACAUGGUUGUGGUCUUUUUGGUUCUGCUUCUCAGAAGGUUGAAAGAAAGGGGUGCUAGUGUUCCUAGUCUAAAAAAAAUCAAUCAAUAAAAAUGCGUAAUGUACACUGUAUUUUAAAUAAUAAUAAACCACACAAUCUCUUACUCAUCAUUUUCUGCACAAUUGUCUGUAGGCACACAAAUAAAUUUAAAUCUUGAAUCACUGCAGUAUUAAUCAACCAACAUUAUAACAAGCUCUAUGCUAGCACUUCUGUGUUUGUUCAGUGGCGAGUUAGCUCUGAUAUAGCUCUGUGUAUUAGCCCAGGGAUUGACAGCACCAGCAGUUUUGGUUAACUAAUAAUCAGGGGUUCACAAAAUACCAGAAACGCCAUGAUUGAGUGGGGUGGAGAUACAGGUAUCCACAGGUAUGAUUGACACCUGUUUCAUUUGCUGUGAUUUCCCUUGACUUGGAUAUCUCUACCCCGGCUGCAUUUGGUCAGCCAUUGAACAUGAUUCUCUAAAGCAGCAAACUCCCCACAACCUGAUGCCAAUUAACAGGUUCUGUGAUGUUUCAAUCAUGCUCAAAAAUAAAUGACUCCAACAGGCUAGUGAUUACAGUUUCUUACAGUAUUGUGUAAGCCCAUGAAAAAUAAAGGUUGAAAAGGAGCGUGCCUAUUGAAGGUGUUUCUUAAGCAGCAUUGUGUGCCAAUCUCACUAUGACCAGUCAGGUGUUGGG